AUGAUCGUCCUCGCCCUUGUCGCAAAAGGAUCUCACAUCCUAGCCGAAACUCACGACCCAGCCCACGAUCGUUUCCUCCCCGCAGCCCAAACGAUCCUAUCCCGUAUCCCUCCUAACUCCUCCAAACUUUCCUACGCAUUCGAAGAUUGGCUCUUCCACUACGUCUCUUCCGACAACCUUGUCUAUAUGGCUGUUGCAGACACCGACACUGGCCGCCGUAUUCCUUUUGCUUUUCUUGCUCAUGUUCAGAGACAUUUUCUAUCCUCUUACGAAGUCCCUUCUGAAGACGAAAUCUCCUCUACGGAUCACUCAGGGUUGACAAAAGAGUUAAAAGAGCUAGUAAACAAGUUCAACGCGGAUCCUCAAGGAGUAGAUCCAAUCGCACAAGCAAAGAAUGAGUUGGCGGGAGUGAAGGAUAUAAUGACUCACAAUGUGGAACAGAUCUUGAGUAGGGGGGAAAGGAUAGAAUUGUUGAUGGAUCGAACGGAUAAUGCAGCGAACCAAAGUAUGGCGUUUAGAAGAAGAGCCGUAGGGUUGAGGAGACAGAUGUGGUGGAAGAAUGUGAAAGUCAUCGGGUUGGCUGGGUUUAGUGCUGUGGUUUUGUUGUUUGUGCUUUAUGGGAUCUUUCACUAG